GCCUUGGUAACCAGACCACUUUACCGGUGAAUUCGUGUUUGUAGUAUGAGCUUAUUUGGGCAAUAUUUGUAUAAAUUUAUCUCAAUUAUAAAUUGGACGACAGGAAUGCUUAUAUGAUAAGAAAAUAUUGUGACACGACGCGCAACAAAAAGGACUGUUGACGGUUUUACGUACUAUUUUAUAACGUGGAAGUAUACAAUUGUUAUCUCCGUGUGUUGUCAGGCUCAGAUCAACAACAAGCUACGGAUUCAAGAUGUCGGUCGUACAGGAUAAAAAAGAACCAAAUAUUUGGGAAGAAAUCUGCAAAGAAUUUUCACUGAAGAGGCCACCUUUCAAGCUAGAAGAUGACACAGAUUCAGUCACGACUGAAAUAAUUCAGUUUGACCCGGCUACUCAUACUCCAGUGAUCUAUGGUAAAAUGGUGGAGCAGAUUGACAUAGAUUGUGACACAACAACAGAUUUUGACCCGGCUGUCUCACACCCUGCAUUAAUUGGACACACAGUAUUAGAAAAACCUCCCAAGUCACCACCAACACCGCCACCACCUCCUCCACCAAAAGACACAUGUACCCCAAGGGAAUACUUGGAACACUAUGUUUUCCCAGUUUUAUUACCAGGUUUGUUGGAAAUGUUAAAAGAAGCAAGAGAACAAAAAUGUUUUGAGAGAAAGAGAUUCAGAUUCAAUGGUCUAGACUAUCUAACUGAAUAUCUUUGGAGGCACAAUCCUAAUUACUUUGGUCGUGAGAAUGAUACAAUAGAUGAAAUCCCAUUUGUACAAAGAAUUUUAGAAGAAAACCCUCGUCCUGCACUACCUUUAUCAUUAAUAUGGACAGAAGAAGAAGCAGCUAUUGUUAUCCAGUCAUUUUACAGAGGCUAUCUGGUCAGAAGAGAAGAGGAAGUACAAGAAUUAAGACAAUGGCAGCGUGAAUUGAGAGAAGAAAAUGAAGACAUUACAGUUAAAGUAGAAAACUUUUGGAAGAAACAUGAACCCCCAGAUAGUGAUGAGGAAGUCGGAGCAGCAAGUAGACGGAGUGUGGAUGUAAAGAAAUCUCCAAGCCCAACAAGAUCAGCUGGAUAUAAAACACCAUCAUCAUUAUCUAGAGCUUCAUCAAAAACUCAACAAAGUCCAAUCCCUUGAAUAAAAAAAUACUCAAAAUGGUUGUAAACUAUAUGUAAUGUUUUCUUUCUUGGCUUUGUUUUGUAAAUAUGUAUUUCAUAUCGCUAGAGUUCAUGCAAAAAAAAAAAAAACACUUGUACAAAGAAAUAAAUUUUAUUUGUAAUAAAUCUGAGUUUACAAGAACAA